CUACUUUACCCACUGAAUCGCUGACAUUUCGCACCACCCCUAACCUCAAUUUAGUCAAUUUAUCAAAAUCAAUUUCUUUAUUAAUUAACAAUGAACCAAGCCGAUGUGUCUAAAUUAGUGUCGCAACUCCGAAUAAAAGUAAAUCCACGAUUGAGAAAAUUCCGUUCGCCGGGGGGCCCCGAAGCCCGUUUGGACAAACUCCGAAAGACAGUCACAGCUUUAAUAAAACAUGAGCGAAUUGAACUCAAUUACCCGCGCGCGGACGAGUCUCGAAUGUACGCAGAACGGCUCAUAUCUGACGCUAUCAGAUACGGAGACUGCCACAAAGAGACAAUGGAAAUGGCCGAUUAUUGGCUCGUUGAAAAGCAAUUAGUCCACAAAUUAUUCAAAGUCCUCGUUCCCAGAUUCGCCAACUACAACACGUGUUACACGAGAAUGUAUAGGGCCCCCACUUUGUAUCCAGAAACCAGGGGCAAAGCCCUUUUGGAGCUCAAAGGCAACCCGUACCCCUCCCUCCUUCCAGAGAAUCACACAAACAGGAAUUUGAUCCACAAUGUGCUGCUGGACGAGGCCAAAAAGGCCUACAGGACGCGGAAAUAUGCCGAAAUUGCCGCCAAUAUCGAAAAUCUCACUGAGGAGAGUAGAAAGUAAAUAAAAAUUGUAAUAAAUUAAAUAAAAAUUAGUCUAAUCAA